GGGAAGUUCUUCUUCUUAAUUCUGCUUCUGUCUCUCUGCCAGAUCWCUGCAGACUUUAUCUUUAUUUGUCACCAGUUAAAGAUGCAAACCAUCAGGUCUCUGUUCAUCCCAAAAUGGUCAUCAGACGUAGGUCUGGAGGGGAAAACGGCUGUAAUAACAGGAGCAAACACUGGAAUAGGCAAAGCAGCAGCUAAAGACCUCGCUGCAAGAGGUGCGCGGGUGAUUUUGGCGUGCAGAGACAUGACAAAAGGAGAACAAGCUGUUUCAGAGAUCAUGAAGGAGGUAAAUGGAGCCAAAGUUGUUGCCCAGCAGCUGGAUCUGGCUGACACCAAAUCGAUCUGCCUGUUUGCUGAGAGUAUCUACAACACUGAAAAGGCCCUUCACUAUCUGAUCAACAAUGCAGGCGUGGCUAUUUGUCCUUAUGCUAAGACAGUGGAUGGAUAUGAGUCACAGUUUGGAGUCAAUCACUUAGGUCAUUUCUUCUUGACUUUCCUGCUCUUGGACUUGCUGAAGCACUCGGCUCCGUCUCGAGUCAUCAACGUGUCGUCGUCAGCUCACGCCAUGGGCAAAAUCCAGUUUGACGACCUGAACGGGGAGAAGAAUUACCACCCUGUCAGGGCUUACGCUCAGAGCAAGCUCGCCAACGUGCUGUUCACCAGAGAGCUGGCCAAAAGGACCGAGGCUCACGGUGUGAUGGCGUUCUCAGUGGAUCCUGGCUUUGUCAACACUGAAAUCACAAGGCACAUUAGACGGCCUCUAGUGGACGUAACGAAGAUGUUCAGCUUCCUGCUGAAGAGCCCAGCAGAGGGCGCAGGCACCAUCAUCUACUGCGCCAUUACUCCUGAGAACCAGAUGCUCACAGGUGGAUUCUACAGGAACUGUGCUGCAGCAGGAAGCUGCAGGGCAGGUGAGGAUGAUGGCACGGCCUUAAAGCUGUGGGCUGUGAGCUGCCACCUGCUGGGCAUCCGCUGGAGGAGUGUGUGCUGUAACCACUGGUCAUCAGAGGAGAGGUUAGAUGGCAAAACAGUCAUCAUCACUGGCGCUAACACUGGGAUUGGUAAAGAGACAGCCAGGGAUCUGGCGAGGAGAGGUACUGUCCAGCUAGCAGCAGAACAGGAACAAAGCCUCAGUAAUGGGACACAGAUGCUGCGGCUGAUUAAUGGUGCACGCAUCAUCAUGGCAUGCAGAGACCUGGAGAGGGCAGAGGAGGCUCGAAACGACAUUCUGGAGGACACAGGGAAUGAGAACGUGCUCAUCAGGAAACUGGAUCUAUCUGAUACCAAAUCCAUUAGGGCCUUUGCUGACCUCAUAAACAGAGAGGAGAAACAAGUGAAUAUCCUGAUAAAUAACGCAGGUAUCAUGAUGUGCCCCUACUCCAAGACACUUGAUGGGUUUGAAAUGCAGUUGGGAGUCAAUCAUCUGGGCCACGUCCUUCUCACUUACCUGCUGCUCGACCUCAUCAAGCGUUCGGCUCCGGCUCGUGUUGUUGUUGUGUCGUCGGUGGCCCACACCUGGACUGGGCUUCGACUGGACGACAUCAACAGUGAGCAGAGCUAUGAUGCCAUGAAGGCCUAUGGGCAGAGCAAACUGGCUAAUGUCCUGUUUGCACGUUCUCUUGCAACGCGGUUAGAAGGUACAGAGGUGAGUGUUUUCUCCCUGCACCCAGGGGUGGUACAGUCUGACCUGUGGAGGCACCAGCAUCAGUGUAUCCAGGCAGCAGUGAAGAUUUUCAGAAUUUUUACAAAGACAACAGUGGAAGGAGCACAGACCACCAUCUUCUGUGCUGUGGAACCAGGUCUGGAGAGCCUGAGUGGAGAGUACUUCAGUGACUGCGCUCCUGCGAGGUGCUCCAGGACGGCA